GGGCCGAGCGAGUGCGCAGGCGCCGUCCCAGCUGGGCAGGACCGACCGCCAGCCACGUGCAACCGCCCCGCCCGCCAACCACUCAAAUAUGGGCUCCUGCCCGGCAGUGGGCUCCGUGCGUGCGCGCUACCUUGUGUUCUUCCAGUACUUGGGCACUGAUUUCAAUGGGGUCGCAGCCGUGAGGGGUAAUCAUCGCGCUAUUGGGGUGCAGAACUUCCUGGAGGAGGCUGCCAAGCGGCUGAACUCGGUCGAGCCGGUCAGGUUUACUAUCUCCAGCCGCACUGAUGCCGGAGUGCAUGCCCUGAGCAACGCGGCGCACCUGGACAUACAGCGCCGCUCAGGCCUGCCGCCUUUCUCCCCGGAGAUCGUGACCCAGGCCCUCAACACCCACCUGAAGCACCCGGCCAUUCGUGUACUUAAAGCCUUCCGAGUGCCCAACGACUUCCACGCUCGCUAUGCAGCUACAUCCAGAACCUACCUAUACCGCCUGGCCACAGGCUGCCCCCGGCCAGAGCAGCUGCCUGUGUUUGAACAAAAUGUAUGCUGGGCCCUGCCGACAGAGUCCCUGGAUGUGGCUGCCAUGCAGGAAGCUGCCCGGCAUCUCCUUGGGACACACGAUUUUAGUGCUUUCCAGUCUGCUGGCAGCCCGUCCACAAGCGCUGUGCGCACACUACAAAGACUCUCUGUGUCUCCUGGUCCAGCCAGCCCAUUUGUCCUCCCCCAGGAGAGCAGGAGGCUGCAGUUCUGGACCUUGGAGUUUGAAAGCAAGUCUUUCCUAUACCGACAGGUGCGGAGGAUGACAGCUGUGCUGGUGGCUGUGGGACUAGGGACCCUGACACCCACACAGGUGAAAGGGAUUCUGGAGAGUCAAGAUCCCCUGGGCAAGUACCAGGCUCAAGUCGCCCCUGCCCGAGGCUUGUUCUUGAAGUCAGUGCUAUACGAGAACUUCGGUCCUAUAUCCUGA